GCUGUGUUGAUUCUGGUCAACAUGUCGGACGCAACGGAUGGUGCAGUGGAGGGCGUGGGUGCUGACGACGAGACGCUAUUCGAGCCCUACGACAACCUCGAUGCAAUUAAUGAGAGCACAGAACUGCAGUGCCUGCUGCAGCAGCACACUGAUACAACGACCUACGGCAAUGACAGUGCCUACUGCCUCACUCACUUCGACUCGAUCCUUUGUUGGCCGCGAACGCCGCGUGGCACUUUGGCGGCAUUACCGUGCCUACACGAGUUCCAGGGCAUCCAGUAUGACAGUUCGCAAAAUGCGACGCGAUACUGCCAUGCGAACGGCACAUGGGAGAAGUACACUAAUUAUGAUUUAUGCAUGCAUCUACCCGCCCCCUCAACUGUACCUGAAUUCGAGCCAAUUGUCGAAUUGCCAACGAUAAUUUACUACAUUGGCUACACCAUCAGCUUAGUAUCACUGACGUUGGCAAUUAUUGUGUUUGUAUAUUUCAAGGAAUUACGCUGUUUGCGCAAUUCAAUUCACGCCAAUUUAUUCUUCACAUAUAUAAUGUCGGCGUUGCUGUGGAUACUCACUUUAUCUGUACAUAUUUCCAUACGAACGGGCUUAGGAGGAUGUGUUGUCUUGGUAACCCUGUUUCAUUUCUUCACUCUAACAAAUUUCUUCUGGAUGCUCGUUGAAGGUCUUUAUUUGUACAUGCUGGUGGUGAAAACAUUUUCUGGCGAUAACAUACGUUUUAAUAUAUACGCAAUAAUCGGAUGGGGAGGGCCAGCAGCUUUCGUUGUUAUUUGGGCAAUUGCUAAAGGAUUUACGAUAUCGUACGAUGUGGAGCAGUUUGACAUUGGAUGCCCUUGGAUGCAGGAAACUUAUGUGGAUUGGAUUUUUCAGGGUCCUGUAUGUGCAGUGCUGAUUAUGAAUUUAAUAUUUUUACUGCGUAUAAUGUGGGUGUUAAUAACAAAGCUCCGCUCAGCAAACACCGUGGAAACGCGUCAGUAUCGUAAAGCCGCUAAGGCAUUGCUGGUUCUUAUUCCGCUCUUUGGCAUAACCUACUUGGUGGUAUUAGCUGGCCCCAGCGAGAGUGGUGUUAUGAGUAACAUGUUCGCGGUUGUGCGAGCUCUGCUGCUCAGUACCCAGGGUUUUGCGGUAUCACUAUUCUACUGUUUUCUAAACUCCGAAGUGCGCAACACAUUGAGGCAUCACAUUUCGACAUGGCGGGAUGAGAGGAAUAUUCAGCUGAAUCAAAGCAGAAGGUACACCACAAAGAGUUUCUCAAAGGACUGCUCACCAAGAACAGAAAGCACGCGGCCACUCACAGCUUACUACGGCAAAGGAAAGCGCGAGUCGUGCGUCUCAUCGGCGACAACCACCACCCUGUUGGGCCACAACCAGAAUCUCUCGUUAAAUGUUGGCACGGGCGCACCGUUGGCAAUGCAACGCGACUCAAACGGUGCCUUGCAUAUGAUGCCCACAGUCACGGCGCUGAACAUUAUGCCACGAGCGAUUAGUCCGCUCAUGAAGGAAGGACUUGAAGAAAAUUCUGUUUAAACAGUUAAACGUUUAAAACUAGCAAUUCAACAAAAUAAUUGCUUCCUGAUUAAGAAUAACGAAUAAAAACAGGAUUAAAAGGGAAAUUAAUGUACAUAAACUAACGAAUUUAUUAUAAGUACUACAACCUUUUUUAUAAAUGUAAAUGUAUCAGCACUAUUCGAUGUACAUAUACGUAUGAGUGUUUAUGUGUGUAUAUAUACAGUACCUAAGGUAUUAGCUAUACAAAUUAAAUACAUAAGUUUUAUUGGUAGUUAUACAUUAAAAAUUUAAUUGUAGUAAGACUUGAAAUACUUUUUCCGAACAUUAAUAUUCAUGUCGAAUAUUGAGAGAUAAUGACUUGAAAUUUUGUAAAUUAAAUUCAGUCGAUUUGUGCUAUAUGGAUAGCAAAAAUGUAAAUAGGGAUUUUAACACACAUGUACAUAUAAGUAUAUAUGUAGUAUGUAUGUAGGUAUGUAGGUAUGAACAUAAUUGACAUAAUUUUAAGAUUUUCAAUGUUUAUGCUUGCCAAAACUCCACAUUCUGUCGUUAUCUUAAUGAAGAAGGGCCUACAAUCAUUUUCAUUACAAAUGCAGUUUUGUAGGAAAAUUAAAAAUUAUAAAAUCAGUGGAAUUUAGAAAGCAACUUCUAAAGCAUUGAACUACUUCUCCCGCUGGGUUUUCUCUAACUCCCUAAAUGAGCAAAAAUGCUAUAAGGGCCUAUAUGGGCAAAUCUAAAAAACAGGUAACCUUUGUGUUGUUUAACUUUAUUUUCACUGUUGUAAACUAAAUCAA